AUGACAGACAUGGCACAAGGCCGGCCUAUUAAAUGUGUUGUUGUCGGUGAUGGUACUGUUGGGAAAACAUGUAUGUUAAUCUCAUACACAACAGAUAGUUUUCCCGGAGAAUAUGUUCCUACAGUGUUCGACAACUACACAGCCAACAUGAUGGUUGAUGGUGUGCCUGUCAGUCUAGGUUUGUGGGACACUGCUGGCCAGGAGGACUAUGACAGACUUCGACCUCUCAGUUAUCCCCAGACUGAUGUGUUCCUCAUAUGUUUUAGUGUUGUUAGCCCAUCAUCAUAUGAAAAUGUCUUAACAAAAUGGAAUCCUGAGAUCAAACAUCACUGUCCUGAGGCCCCUGUUAUAGUAGUAGGCACUAAAAUUGACCUUCGAGAAAAUAAAGAAGCUAUUGGAAGCCUCAUAGCACAAGGUCUCAAUCCUGUAAAAAGAGAACAGGGUAUCAAACUGGCCAACAAAAUCCGAGCUAUCAAGUACAUGGAGUGCUCAGCUCUAACCCAGAGGGGUCUGAAACAGGUAUUUGAUGAAGCUGUACGUGCUGUUCUCCAGCCACAACCAGUGAAGAAGAAGCAGCACAAGUGUGCAAUGCUGUGA